UCCGCCCCUAUACAAGGCUGAUGAUUACCUCCCGGCCAUUCCAGACCACCAAUCCAAGCCCCACCAUUGUCCCUCCAAAUCCCAUUAUUAUUAUUCUCCUUUCGCACCACGAGCAGAGCUUAGCCAAGAAACGCGCGCCACGAGGCUAGGCUUCACUUGGCUUUGCUUAGAGUGGCAUCCGAGCUCGUAGCUGACCACCGAGUAGCAUGUCGAAAGCAGGGGAGUCUGUCACGCCGCCACCGCCCGGGCGCGGCGGGUGCUGCAGCUCCGGCGCGACGCUGGAGCUGGUGGGCGCGUUCACGGCGGUGUGCCUUGUGCUGUACGGGGUGAUCCUGUACAUAAACUACCUGUACGUGAGGUGGAGCGGCCGCGACGGCGUGCACCGGACGAACUCCGGCUCGGGCCUGCCCGCGCGGAAGAGGCCCGGCGGCGGGGGCAUCGACAAGGCGGCGCUGGCGGCCAUGCCGGUGCUCAGGUUCAAGGCGGAGGCGCACGGCGGCGAUGGCGACUCGUCGAUGGAGUGCGUGGUGUGCCUGAGCGCCAUGCAGGACGGGGACGCGGUGCGCGCGCUGCCCGGCUGCAGCCACGCGUUCCACGCCACCUGCGUCGACGCCUGGCUCUGCGCGCACGCCACCUGUCCCGUCUGCCGCGCGCGCCCCGCGCUCCCGCCGCCGCAGCAGGCGCCCAAGGUCGGGGCCAGGGCGGCCGGGCCCGCUGGCCGGCAGCCGGACCUGGAGAGCCAGGUAUAGCGCGCGCGCGCCAGGUUUAGCAGUGUGCAGACCGCAAAAGGUAGGUAGCUGUUGCGUUUUGUUCUCAGUCUGCUGUCUUCUUCGUCUUCGAGAGAGAGUGAAUCAAUGAAUCAUUAGCUAGAUAGCCUCCGAGUACAUAAUUUUGGUGUUGAUCUCCUUCGAUUUGGAUGGACAAUGUCUGUGCCAUGGCGUGUAAAUUCUGCUUGUAACAUUGACUUGCUGUUGUGCAUUGGUGGUCAGUGAAAAGCUUCUCUGGAA